GAUGCCAGACUCAGCAGAUGGAGUUUGGAAAACUGGUGGCAUUCCAGAAGUUCGGAAAGAUGUACUGUCCCUGCGGCUUGGACGUGAUGGUUUCCCUGCUAACUCGGGAGAGGAAAGGAAACUGCUUAAGUUCUUUGAGGAUCCUUUUGGGGAUCAAAUACAAAAGAACAAGAACGAUAUGCAUGUUUGA